GCACAGCUAGGCCCAGGGGCACAGAGAUGAAGUGCUGAGAAGUUCUGUGCUUUUUCCAGCAUUCUAGUGAAGUGCGCCCAGCCAGAGCUUAUCUCGUUUUGUCCUCCCCAUCUUCUCCUGCUUUCCACCACGCUACGUUUUCAAGCAGCAGCAACUGAUCGCCCCCCUGCAUACUCCAAAAAAGUAUUGGCAGGCACCCGUUUUUGAGGCUAAAAUGCAGGCCAGCAUUUCAGCAUGUGUCCUUCCUAGUGUUGGAAGUCUGCUUGAUGGGUCCAUCAACAAGACCCCCAGGUUCGGUGAGGGGGUAGACGAGGUAGCCUCAUCAGAGGGCAGUGCAUUGAGCGAGCAGGGCAAGGAGAAGGAGAAGAUUAUAACUGAGGGAUGGCUGGAAGGAAGCGCUUUUCAGAUUGCAUUCGUGUCCCUUUGCCUGGCCACCGCACUGGUGCCAGUGGCCCCCAAGUUUGAGUUCUCCGGGCAGCUCUACAUGACCAUCAUCGCAUCGCUGACCAUCUAUGUUGGCAGCCACAGAAGUCUGAAGGGCCAGCUCCCGAGCAAGAUGACGUUAAAAAACAGCUUUGCGGUACCGUUCUUCUCAUCGGCGGUGCUGUUUGGGUUCUGGUGUCUACUCAAAUACUUCCCGGACCUGGACCUAAAAGUGGUUCUUAAGAGCUACCUGUUUCUCGUGGGGACGAUCGCGGUUGGGAGCAACGUUGGCGAGCCGCUCGCACGACUCUUGCAACCACUAGCCGCCAUCAAGACGAGCAUAACCUUCCCAAAGUGGCUGAUCCAAGACCAAGGCGAGGCCGUGACCUCAGAUGUCCGAGCGACGGACUUUCUAGCAGCGGCGAUUGGGAUUGUAAUCUCGGUCAUCAACGUGUUUCCGGACGCGCCGUACAGUGUCAACAACUUCAUAGCCAUAUGCUUGGUCUCUGAGCUCCUGCAGACACUCUCCCUCGGAAGUUUCGUGACGGCGGCCGCAUUGCUGGCCGGCCUCCUAUGUUACGACGUGUUUUGGGUGUUCGGUUCGCCGUCAGUGAUCGGCGACAAUGUCAUGGUGACGGUCGCGACAUCCAAGUCGUUCCUGAGCAGCCCCAUGAUGCUCCAAUUCCCGGUGCUCAACCCCGGGCCCUCGGGGCGCGGCUUUACCAUCCUCGGCCUGGGCGACAUAACAGUGCCCGGCCUGCUUAUCGCGCUCGCCCUUCGCUUCGACCGGUAUCGAAAUUCGAACUCAAACGAGGGGACCGGUGAGGCUAGUACGAGCAACCGGGAGGGGGCCUCCGGGUGGGAGUGGCUCGACAGCAUUGACGAUAAGACCUACUUCCGGACGUGCCUCGCUGCGUAUUGCGUGGGACUCGGCGUAACUUUUGUUGCCAACAGCUUCUCCGGUGCUGCCCAGCCCGCCCUGCUGUACCUGGUUCCGGCGGUGCUCUGCGGAGGAUCACUUGCGGCCGUUCAGCGGGGCGAGUUCCGCGCGGUUCUGGAUUAUAAAGAUCGAGCAGGGAUGGAGGAGGCUGUUCCAGAGCCCAUUGAAGUUGUGGACUCGGACAAGCUCCUAAAAUGAAGAGGUCGUUGGCUUUGGUGUUUCCAAAUUGGAAAUCAGAGGAUACGGUGGGCCCGACUCGAUUCUGCAUGAAGCGUACGAGUUAGGACACCUUGGCUUGAUAUAAAGCUAUGCUUCAGCGGGUUCGAAUUGAUGUUCGAUCACAGCGACGAGUAUGUAUAGCUAUGGAUCGAAGGACGGACCGACUUAGCAAAAAUGGUCUAUGCAGAUCGUACGUGCACCAACACCCCCUGCCAGCAUACCAUUCGACCAUGUAGGCACUGGUACAGCGAGGCGAGCCUAGUUGACGAAUGAUCAGCCUCGUGUCUUGACACCAGAUUGCAGCAAACAAGUUGCU